AUGGCUUCUUCUAUCGAAACCGGAGGGGCAUGGAGCACCAUGGAAGAUGUUUCCUUCUCUGAGGCUUGGCUCCAAUUGGCAAAAUGGAGAGAUUUCUUGGCAAAAGCAAGGGACAACCAUAGAAGCGGGGAAAAUCUUAGUAGCGAGAUUAUUCAAGCACAUAUGUGGUUUGGUGCAACUGGGUAA